ACAGUGUGAGUGACUUUUACCAAUACAUGCACACGCAUCGAAUGUCUAACGCGGUUUUACGGUAAGAACAUUCGGCAAAAACACCAACAAAAUUGAUAUUUUGGUGCACACAAACACAUGAACGCCGACUAAUGAGCGAAAAAUCACUAACUAUCAGAAUUGACGCGAAUUUUUAUUUCACAAAUACAUAGAGCACGGGCACCUGAAAAACUGAGAGUGAGACAGAAAGAGACCAUUUCGCGAACGUAUUUUCUACUGUGGUGAUAAUUGUAGUGCCGCCGAAGCAGUCAAAAUAUCAUCAUGGACAGCACAAUGCAGGAGGUGAUUCAGCUGGAGCUGAUGUGCAAGCAAAUGUAUGAGGGAGAAAACUCCACUCGAAAUGAAGCUGAAAAGGUGUUAGUUGCAUUCCAAAACAGCCCAGACGCAUUGCCAAAAUGUCAAUUGUUGUUGGACCGUGGGCAAUCAAGCUAUUCACAAUUGCUGGCUGCAACGACGCUCACAAAACUCAUUGCGAAAAAUGCACAAGGAUUGUCACUACAAGAGAUUGUCGACAUCCGAAACUACAUUCUCAACUAUUUGGCAACCCGACCAAAUCUGGAAAAUUUUGUCAUUCAAGCCUUAGUCACUGUAUUAGCCAAGAUUACAAAAUACGGCUGGUUUUAUUGCCAUAAAGACGAAAUGGUGUUUAGGAACAUCAUCGAAGAUGUGCGGAAAUUUCUCCAGGGUUCGGUGGAACAUUGCAUGAUCGGUGUGCAGAUAUUGUCACAAUUGACUUGUGAAAUGAACCAACCGGAGGUCGAUGUGAACAUUUCGUAUAUUAAACACAGAAAGACCGUUUAUUCAUUUCGGGACACACAAUUGUAUGACAUUUACAUUCUGUCGUGUACACUCUUAAUGACGGCUCGCGACAACGCCAAAACAUUGAAUUUUAUGGACGAAAAACAGCAUGGUCUCAUCAACCAAAUACUUCGUUUGACGAAAAAUUGCUUAAGUUACGAUUUUAUUGGUACAUCCAACGAUGAAACAACGGACGAUUCUUCGACCAUACAGAUUCCGACCAAUUGGAGGCCGGCAUUCCUUGACUUGAAUUAUUUGAAUCUGUUCUUCGAUUUGUAUCACAUGUUGCCGUCGAGAUUGUCCAGUCUGGCACUCUCCACACUGGUCCAGAUCACCUCUGUGCGCCGAUCGUUGUUCAACAAUGUGGAAAGAGCGAAAUUCCUCAGCACAUUGGUUGUUAACAUUAAGAACAUUCUCGAAAACUCUCAAGGACUCAGUGAUUCAGAUAAUUACCAUGAAUUUUGCCGACUCUUAGCCCGUCUUAAGACCAAUUACCAACUAAGUGAACUUGUUGUUGUUGAGUGUUACCCCGAAGUUAUUCAACUGAUUGCGAAAUUUACCAUUCAAUCAUUGCAAAUGUGGCAGUUCGCGCCAAACAGCAUCCAUUAUCUACUGUCGCUGUGGCAACGAAUGGUUGCCUCAAUCCCAUAUGUGCGUGCUGUCGAGCCACACCAUUUGGAUGCAUAUACUCCUGAAGUGACAAAAGCGUACAUUACGUCACGCUUGGACUCAGCACGAAUCAUCGUUCGUGAUGGUUUAGAAGACCCACUAGACGACCUGGCAAUGGUUCAGCAGCAGCUAGAUCAGCUGUCAGUCAUUGUUCGAUGUGAAUACGAGCAAACGUGUAACUUUGUGAUACACACCUUUGAUCAGACGGCAAGUGAAUACCAAGAAUUACUCAACAACCCGGUCAACAAUCCUAUUGAGAUUGCGAUCCAUGAGGCACAAUUGACCUGGUUAGUUUAUAUAAUUGGAGCGGCCAUUGGCGGUCGCAUGACAUUUACCGCUAACGACGAACACGACAUCCUCGACGGGGACUUAGUUGUUAGAGUACUACAAUUGAUGAGUUUGACCGACUCACGUUUACCACAAAUUGGCUGUGAAAAGCUCGAAUUAUCGAUGAUGUCAUUUUUGGAUCAUAUUCGAAAAAUUUAUAUUAUCGAACAAAUGCAAAAGAUGAAAAUCUACAAACGUCUCUCCGAACUGUUGGGCAUCAACGAUGAACCAAUGUUGUUAAGUGUUAUCAACCGUAAAAUCAUAACCAAUCUAAAAUUCUGGGGACGUUCGGAGAUUAUUAUCCGAAAGACGUUGAAUCUUUUGAACGAACUUUCCGUUAGCUACAGUUGGGUACGGAAACUAGUCAAAUUGGAAGAAAUCCAGUUCUUGCUCAAUAAUCACACGAGUGAGCACUUUUCAUUUUUGGGUAGUAACGUUGCCAUUAGUGAAAUGAGAUGCCGUAGUAUGUUUUACACGUCACUCGGUAGAUUGUUGAUGGUUGAUUUGGGAGAGGAUGAGGAACGAUUCUACAAUUUCAUGUUACCAUUGACGAAUCAAUUCGAAUCGAUCGGAAGUGCUAUCAUGGAUACAAGCACAUAUCCAAGUGAAGAGGCGAAAAAAGCACUCAUUGGUUUGUCACGGGAUUUGCGCGGUCUUACCUUUUCUUCGAGCAAGAAGAAUGCCUACAUGAUGUUUUUCGACUGGAUUUACCCAGACUACACGCCGAUUUUAAUUCGAGCAAUAGAAUUGUGGCCACAUGAUCCACAGGUUACGACGCCAAUCCUAAAAUUGUUCGCCGAAUUGGUUCAAAAUCGAUCACAGCGUUUACAAUUUGAUAUUUCUAGUCCAAACGGUAUCUUGCUAUUUCGUGAAGCAUCAAAGGUCAUCUGUACCUAUGGUAAUCGAAUCAUGAACUUUGAUGUGCCCAAAAAUCAGUUAUACCCGAUGCGUUUGAAGGGUAUUUCGAUUUGUUUCACAAUGCUUAAAGCAGCUUUAUCAGGAAAUUACGUCAAUUUCGGUGUAUGCAAAUUAUAUGGUGACGAAACAUUGGACAAUGUACUCGAUGUAACAACCAAACUCAUCCUUACCAUUCCACAGACGGAUUUAUUGGUCUAUCCAAAAUUGUCACAAUCAUAUUUCUUGCUGCUUGAGUGUUUGGCACAAGAUCACAUGACGUUCUUAUCAACACUUGAUCCAGCAAUAUUUUUGUACAUUAUUAAGAGUAUAUCAGAGGGUUUGGCUGCUGAAGGUAUGACGAAUUUAACUUCUUCCGAUGCUACAGAUACGACAAUUUGCACCGGCUGUUGCUCCAUUUUGGACAAUAUCGUUUCGCAUAUAUUUAAGCAAUUAUCGAUCAAAGCAUUCCCGACCAAAAAAAUGCGCCGUAACGUCAUCAACCCAGACAAUGAUAUGUUUUUGAAAGUUAUUGAAAUGCAUCCAGAAAUUCUACAGGGCAUAUUAUCUACAAUCAUCAACAUCGUUAUGUUUGAAGAUUGCAAAAAUCAAUGGUCACUGUCGAGACCGUUGCUUGGAUUGAUUUUGUUGUACGAAGACUACUUCAGAUCGAUGAAGGAAAACAUAAUCCGGUCUCAGCCCAUUGACAAACAACAGACGAUAUCUCACUGGUUCGAUAAUUUAAUGGAAAAUGUUGAGCGAAAUUUGUCUAUGAAAAAUCGCGAUAAAUUCAGCCAAAACUUAUCACUCUUCCGUCGUGACGUAAACGAAACAUUAAAACAGGCCAAUUUGAAUGCAUCUAACUCCACUUCGGCUGGUGGUUCUAUCAACGACAUGAUCGUUUCAUAGUUCACGUGUUUCACUUCAGUUUCUGCUUUGAUUUCUUCUUCGUUGCGUGGGAAGAAGAAACUUUCGCCCACACUUAUUUAUAACGAAAGCAUUUGGUAGUAGAGAAGAGAAGGAUAUGGAUUCCUUAUUUUUGGCUUACUUCUAAUGUCGAGAAUCAAAUCAAAUGUUCGCAAAGAAAUAAACAAACAAACAAUAAAACAGAUUUAAAAAAAAUUGUCGCCAAACGAUCUUGUAGGACACAUUCGAUUUUCUAUUCAAAUAUACUGAUUUGAAAUGUUGAACUAAAUCAAUGUGGUCGGAAGAGGUUCUUUUAUUAAACAAGAAAAAAAAACUAUAUUUGUAUGAAUAACAUCAGUUAAUGAAUAAAUUUUUUAUUAAAAUUUGUACA